ACAAGGCCACAGUUUACAUGACAGGGUCUUCUUUUUCGCCUAUUUAGCCUAUAGUAGACAAUAGUCUGUUACUCUCUUUUCAAUAUCAACCUACAAGGCUGUAAUAAUAAUUUCUCACGGCAGACAGAAAGUGAACGGCAGACUAUUCCUACAAGCGUCGGUGGGCGGGGGCUUUUUUCCUUGCGUGUUGUCAUCACGGAGGUAGGUGCUGGAUGGAUAUCGCUAUGGUCUGUGCUACUUCAGUCUGGAGGCUGAGACUGAAAGAGAGAGAUGUGAGACCGACUACCACAUAGCCACAACUGGGUUUUUUUGUGGUUUUUUUUACCCCUUAAAGGAUAACUAACAACGUUAACAAUCUCGCAACCUGGGCUGGACGUCGCUCUUAUUCUAAGAUCUAACUCUUCCAGCUGUCGUUCUGCAUUGGCGGCACGCUGUGAGAAAAGACUCCACUCUGCUGUGCCUCAGCACUCCUCAGACACUUGUCCUUGACAUCCAAAUGCUGUGUGUCGAUCGCUGUGCCAGCCGCCUUCUGUGAGUUAUGACGACGGCUGCUUCUUUGACUCAGGAAAGAGGCUCCUCCUCCGCUCACCAGUGAGCAGAUCACAUGGUAUAAUGAAGAAGGGUCCUGAAAGUCUGCUCUUCAAGGAGUCUGCCAGCAGGAUAUGAGUAUUUUGAACCCUGUGACGGAUAACAAAUCAAACCUUGUGGGAGUUGUGGGAGGCCCAGACGAAUACUCCAGAGCCAUGCAGUCAGAGGAACUAUUCAGCAGGAAACUCAAAGCCCUGAAUGGUAGUAUGGGACCACCAGCCCCCAACAUGCAGGGGAAACCUGAAGGUGCAGGCAAAACAAAUGGUACUCCAGCCAUGCCUAAAAUGGGCGUCAGGGCCAGGGUGACAGAAUGGCCACCAAGGAAAGAUGGAUGGGAUGGGCGGCCUUCUCCGAAUUACCAGAGUGUAAUACCAGUUUUUCAGAAUGGCCAGCAGGACCUUACUGUGGAAAUAGGCGAAACAGUCUGUCUAGAGGGCGACUACUCAGAAACAAAGUACACACUGAGUGACCUCCUCAGCCAUUCCCCACUGAAGGGUCUCCACCCUAUCCGUCAACGCAGCAACAGCGAUGUCACCAUAAGCGACAUUGACUCUGAAGACAUAAUGGACCAGAAUGCUGUCAAUCCAAACACUGGGGCCUCGCUGCACCGUGAGUAUGGCAGCACAUCCUCAAUCGACCGUCAGGGCCUGAGCGGGGAUGGCUUCUUCACCAUGCUUAGGGGCUAUCGAGUAGACACCCUGGACCACCGCAGCAUACCACCUCUGGGUUUCCCUGAGUUGUUGCGCUGUGACGCCUCCCUCUCCCCCAGCUUGCAGACAGCAGCACAAAUCGCCAGGGGUGAGAUAGUCCACAUUCCAGGGUACGACUACAUAGACAACUCUCUCCUCUACAGCCGGGAACGGGAGAAGUCCUUCAUGAGGCGUCUCAAGUCGGAGUCAUCUGAAACGUCUCUGUUCAGGAAAUUGCGGACCAUAAAGAGCGAAAGUGACGCCUUGCGGCUCUCUGUGGAGGAUGACCGGCGGCCGCUCAGUUUCCAGAAAUGUUUUGCUCACUAUGAUGUACAGAGCGUUCUUUUCAAUAUCAGUGAAGCGGUGGCGAGCAGAGCUAACCUGAGCCAGAGAAAGAACACUACUACCGGGGCUUCAGCUGCCUCAGCAGGAGCUGGUCCUGGAGCUGGUGGAGUGUCCGGAGGUGGAGCUGUGGCUGGACCUGUAGCAGGGCCAGAUUGCGGAGCAGCAGGAUGUAGCAGUGGAAAUGCCCCCAUGUUUGAGUCUCCAUUAGGCAGCAGGGAGGACUUGAACCCCAAGGAGAACCUGGAUGCUGAUGAGGGCGAUGGGAAGAGCAACAACCUAGUGCUGAGCUGCCCGCAUUUUCGCAACGAGAUCGGUGGUGAGGGUGAGAGAAGGAUCUCACUCUCCAGAGCCAACAGUGCCAACUACAGUGGUGUGUCAGAGAGCUGCUCUUUUGAAUCAUCUCUAAGCUCCCACUGCACCAAUGCAGGAGUCUCUGUACUGGAGGUGCCUCGAGAAAACCAGCCUAUCCACAGGGAGAAGGUCAAACGCUACAUCAUCGAGCAUAUCGACCUUGGGGCAUACUACUACCACAAGUUCUUCUAUGGGAGAGAGCAUCAAAACUAUUUCGGGGUAGAUGACAAUCUGGGACCUGUGGCAGUCAGCGUCCGCAGGGAGAGGCUGGAUGAUGGGAAGGAGAAAGAAGGCAUGCAGUACAACUAUCGGGUCACCUUCAGAACCAGUCAGCUGACCACGCUCCGUGGAGCCAUCCUGGAAGAUGCCAUUCCAUCCACAGCGAGACAUGGGACAGCCCGCGGCCUGCCACUGAAGGAAGUGCUCGAAUACGUCAUCCCUGAGCUCAAUAUCCAAUGCUUGAGGCUGGCCCUCAACUCCCCCAAGGUCCCGGAGCAACUCCUCAAGCUGGAUGAGCAGGGGCUAAGCUUCCAGCACAAGGUGGGAGUGCUUUACUGUAAGGCGGGCCAGAGCACAGAAGAAGAGAUGUACAAUAACGAGAGUGCUGGACCGGCACUUGAGGAGUUCUUGGAUCUGCUAGGCCAGAGAGUUCGCCUCAAAGGCUUCACCAAGUACAGAGCUCAGCUGGAUAACAAGACGGACUCUACCGGCACACACUCUCUCUACACCACCUACAAGGACUACGAGCUGAUGUUCCACGUGUCCACCAUGCUCCCCUACACACCCAACAACAGACAGCAGUUAUUAAGGAAGAGGCACAUUGGCAACGAUAUCGUCACUAUAGUAUUCCAGGAGCCCGGGGCCCUUCCUUUUACUCCAAAAAACAUCCGCUCUCAUUUCCAACAUGUGUUUGUCAUCGUCAAAGUCCACAACCCCUGCACUGAUAACGUCUGCUACAGCGUGGCUGUGUCCAGGUCUAAAGACGUGCCUCCAUUCGGCCCCCCUAUUCCCAAGCUUGUGACUUUCCCAAAGUCAGCAGUUUUCAGGGACUUCCUGCUCGCCAAGGUCAUCAAUGGAGAAAAUGCUGCACACAAAUCGGAGAAGUUCCGAGCCAUGGCGACUCGUACGCGGCAGGAGUACCUGAAGGACCUGGCAGAAAACUUUGUUAGCACAGCUACUAUUGACUCUGCUGUCAAAUUCAGCUUCAUCACCCUUGGAGCCAAGAAGAAGGAGAAGGUGAAACCCAGGAAGGAUGCACAUCUGUUGAGUGUGGGAGCCGUCACUUGGAGCGUCCGUGCCCGGGACUUUGGCCAGUCGAUAGACGUGGACUGCUUGCUCGGCAUAUCCAAUGAGUUCAUUGUGCUCAUUGAAGAGGAAUCGAAAAAUGUGAUCUUCAACUGCUCUUGUCGUGACGUCAUUGGAUGGACCUCAGGGAUUAUGAGCAUUAAGAUCUUCUAUGAGCGCGGGGAGUGUGUCAUGCUGUCCGCUCACGACAACUGCGGAGAAGACAUCCGGGAGAUGGUGCAAAGACUAGAGAUCACCACCAGAGGCUGUGAAACGUCAGAGAUGACUUUACGUCGGAAUGGCCUUGGCCAGCUCGGUUUCCACGUCAACUUUGAGGGUAUCGUGGCGGAUGUGGAGCCCUUUGGCUUCGCCUGGAAGGCAGGGCUGAGGCAGGGCAGCCGGCUGGUGGAGAUCUGCAAGGUUGCCGUCGCUACUCUCACACACGAGCAGAUGAUCGACCUACUACGCACCUCUGUCUCUGUCAAAGUGGUUAUAAUCCAGCCUUAUGAGGACGGCACCCCUCGAAGGCUCAUGACUGACCUUCAACCUUCUUCCUGUCCUCUCAGGGGCUGCUCUGAGCUCUAUCGCAUACCCAUGGUGGAGUACAAACUCGACAGCGAGGGCACACCCUGCGAGUACAAGACACCCUUCAGGAGAAAUACCACUUGGCAUCGGGUGCCCACAGCUACCGGACCACCUUUAUCCCGAAGCUCACCCACACAGGGCCCUGAUCGCCUGCAGUGCCAGCAGAUCCUUCAGCAGCACCAGGCAGCCAUCCCACGAAGCACAUCCUUUGAUAGGAAGUUGCCAGAUGGGUCCAGGACGAUGCAGGAUAUGGAGAAUCCCCAGGUCACUUCAUGCAACAAGGGAGACCAGCACUACCGCAGCUCCCCCAGUAACCAAUCCUCCUCGAGUGAUCCAGGACCCUGUGGCAGCAGCACCUGGUCCCAGCAGCCUGGAUAUGAUGGAUGUCCCUCGCCUAUCCUCCAUGAGCGUGCAGGAGACAUUCAAGGGGGUGAUGGAGAGAUCCACAGGGAGAGAGAACCCACUCUGGAGAGGACCAGGUCUGCAGAGGCCAAAUGGCACAUCCCAUCCACCAAGAUCCUGAACCCUCUGAAGCAGAGAGAAGGAAGCAAAGACUCGCCCAACAAGCUGUCCAGGACGGGCGAUAAGAACUCAAGCCACUCAAGUAGCAACACUCUCUCAAGCAACGCCUCCAGCAACAGCGACGAUAAGCACUUUGGCUCUGGAGACUUGAUGGACCCGGAGAUGUUGGGCCUCACUUACAUCAAAGGAGCAUCCACAGACAGCGGCAUUGACACUAAUCCCUGCGUGGCCCCUGGGGCCCGGGUGUUACUGCAGGGCAGGGUGGGGGAGCAGGGACACCCCUGGGUAUCAGAGCACCAUGAAGAUGGGGCAUCAGAGGAGGAUCAUGGGAAACUGUACCUUCCGCAGGGCUAUGCUUCUGCCAUCAUGUCUAGUCAUGUGACGGAGGGCAGCAUUGGAGACCUGAGCGAGAUCUCCUCCCACUCCAGUGGCUCACACCACUCUGGCAGUCCUCUGGCACGUGGUGCCAGAUACUGUAUGUCCGCUGACUCCUCCAAGGUGUACACCAUCCCCCAGACCAGCAGCUCAGGCUCAGGGCCGGGGCCAGAGCCGGGGCCAGGGCCGAGCUCAGAGGCAUGCGGACAGACACGUACACAGCCCGGCUGCAAACCCCCAGUGGGCUUGAAGACGACUGAUGAUGAUGAUGAUGAUGAUGAUGAUGAUGCUCACAGCACUGAGGGACCUCCCAACAUUUCAGAGUGUGGGCAGCUGUAUGCACAGGAGGCUGCCUGCCGGCUCCAGGCUACUGAACGGGAUGGAAAAUCACUGCAGAGACUUUCAAAAGAGGAAUACCUUAAAAUGAUGCUGCCUGACAGCCCGCCAGGAGAAGACAGGAGUCGGAAGGUGUCAGCGAUGGGCAGUUUGUCACCGCGACGCUCCCUCUACCGGACGCUGUCGGACGAGAGCGUGUGCAGCAACCGCAAGGGCUCCUCCUAUGCCAGCUCGCACAGCUCCAUGCUUGACCAAGCCAUGCCUAACGACAUCCUAUUUAGCACCACCCCACCUUACCACAGUACGCUGCCUCCUCGCAUGAUUCACAACCAGGGAGCAUCCAACCUGAGGAAUGAGUUUUGGUUCUCUGACGGCUCCUUGGCGGACAGGUCCAAAUUCAGCGACCCGGGCCUCAUGCCCCUCCCAGACACUGCCACGGGCCUGGACUGGUCUCACCUGGUUGACGCAGCACGAGCCUUUGAAGACCAGCGCGUGGCAUCUUUCUGCACCAUGACGGACAUGCAGCGGGCCGAGGCUCUGCAGAUCUCAAGAGAGCUGACCAGACGGGUGGUCGAGGCGGAGGGAGCAGCACUGGAAGCGCACAGCUCCCCGUCCACACUGACUGGCAAAGUCAACCAGCUGGAGGUGAUCCUCAGGCAGCUGCAGCAUGACCUCAGAAAGGAGAAAGAGGAUAAGGCGAUGCUGCAAGAGGAAGUGCAACACCUGAGACAGGACAACAUGCGACUGCAGGAGGAGAGCCAGACGGCGGCGGCUCAGCUCAGGAAGUUCACCGAGUGGUUCUUUCACACCAUUGACAAGAAACCCUGAGAGAGAGACUGGCAGAGAACAAGAGGGAGAUGGCCUUCACUCCUCCCGGGCACCCACUCAACUCCUACUUAAGAUUCCCAGAUGAUCCACUGGCAAACAAACUUUAAAACAAACCAUUACUGGCCCCAAGAGUAAUGAAGACUCUUUAAAAAGCCCCUGCUUAAGAGACUUUACUGCAGCCCUGUGUGCAGAGACUUGCAACCCUGAUCUGGACCUUUUUAGUUUUGGGAUCCUCCUCUGUCUACGGUCCAGGGCUGUUCCUGACAUUAACAGUUUCCCCAUCCUGGCAAACGAGACUCUUGGGAAACCUCCUCAUCUCCGGCGCUGGAGAGGAAUUCAGAAAGGCAAACCCCCGGGGGCCCCCGCCUGAGUCCCUGGGAUCUUCUUACAGUAGUGGAAUGUAAAGCUCAUUUACUGUAGUCAACAUAUAAUCUACCUAUGUAUGUCACGUCAGUCUACUGUACUGUAUACUCAGCUGUACUGUAUCAUACUGCGCACACUGUCACACAGCUGUUUCUGUGCCGGCCCUCAUGGACGCAGGAAAGUAGAGAGGGUGAGGCGAGGAGGAGAGGAGGGGAGGAAUGUACUGGACAUAAUGAAGUGGUACUUACUGUCUGCUUGCACCAAGAGGAAUCCACAUGUGGCGGUCUUGAAAAAUACGGUGGGAGGAAAAAUGAAUGUAGCUCAACUGAGACCCUUUUUUUCUCUGGAUUUCCCAAAGUCACUAAAGUUUCAAGGUUUGAUGUUUGGGCCAUUUUCUUUCACUUAAUUCCACGUUUCUUUUCCUCAGUGUUGUAAAUGUAGGGUCACAUGGCAGUAAUUUUGAUGUUUAAAGGUGCUUUCCCCUACACACCUGUUUGUCAGUAGUUUCCAUUCACUGUCACAAUGUCCUAGCAAUAACGAAGUGGUAGUUACGAAACUGUGUUUAAAAAAUAAAAUAAAAUAAAAAGAAGUUAGCACAAACGUGAAGAGUUCCUGUUGAGAAGCAGUCGUAUUUGACAUGUAUUGAUAAACAGGAAGAGACUGUGCCUAAAACUCUUGGUUGUAAAUGGAUUGUUUCUCUUUGCUUUUAGUUCUCUUUUAUAAACACAUGCCUUGUCUGUGGCUCACUGAUUAAAAAAAAAAAAUCUGUGUAUGAAUGUGUGUAUGUGUGUGUCUGAGUGUGUGUAGUUUAUCACAGCAAAAUGUGUUCUUAUGCAGUGGUUUCUAGAGCAUUAGAGCAAGCGCCAGUGAACCACACUUACAAUGCCAAAUGUGUUUAUUUCUGUACAUAUCUGCCACAGAAGUGUCUUGUAUUUAACACUAUUAUUUAAGCUUAUUUAACCUAAAGUUGUUUAUUUUAUUAAGGGUAUUUGUUUUAUUUUGUUUUUUUUGGUUUUUUUUGUUGUUGGGUUUUUUUUUUCUGCACUAAGGAGAGAUAAAGCUCUGUGUAUGUUGUAAAGUGUGUAGCUUGCCAGGGCAAAAAAAUAUAUAUAUUUAAAUAUAUAAAUGAUGAUUUUGGAGAUUCCAACAUUUGGAUGCUGCUAGAUUACAGUUUGCUGGUUUGUAUGCUUUUAAAGAUGUCUCUCUCCGUAAACUGUCUCAUCCCUGGUGGGACACUGGUUGCUUUUUUUGUUUUUGUUCCAUUUUUUGUUUUGUUUUUUUAAUAAAUGUAGUUGUAA